AUGGUCAUCGGCCCCAGCUCAAUUACUCCUCUGGAACCAACCACAUGGGUCAAGCAACGCGUCGCAUCCCGCAGAGAUCGUCGAAUCGUAGCAGCAGCCGUCAUGAUGCUCCGGUCCGCCCUCAUCGCCGCCGUAGGCGUCCUCACUUGCGGAUUUGCCUCUGCUCUUGAGACCUUCGAGCGCAACCUCAUAUUCCAGCCGCCUGACAACUACACGGACCCCCGCGUGCUGUACCCUCGCACAGUUCAGCUCAAUGACGGUCGUCUCCUGGGAACUUGGGAGAACUACUCACCGGAGCCUCCUCUAGUCUGGUUCCCCAUCUACGAGUCCCUAGACGGUGGCCUCACGUGGGAGGAAGUUGGCCAGGUUCACGACCAGGUCAACAACUGGGGCUUGCGUUACCAACCAUUCCUGUACGAGCUCCGCGAGGACUUUGCAGGCUUCCCUGCUGGAACCGUGCUCCUGGCCGGUAACAGCAUUCCCACCGACCUCAGCGAGACCCAAAUCGACCUGUAUGCUUCUCAGGACAAGGGCCGCACUUGGGAGUUUCUCUCCCACGUCGCCCGCGGUGGUCGUGCCAUUCCCAACAACGAGGAGACUCCCGUCUGGGAGCCUUUCAUUCUCAUCUUCGAGGAUGACCUCAUCCUUUACUACGCCGACCAGCGCUCGGCCGAGCACGGCCAGGAGAUCUCCCACCAGACCACGAAAGACCUCAAGAACUGGUCCGCCGUCGUAACCGAUGUCUCCUACCCAACAUACACCGACCGCCCAGGCAUGCCCUUCGUCACACAGCUCGCCAAUGGCGACUACAUGUACACCUUUGAAUGGGGCGGCGCACCCAUCAUCCCGACCUACGCGUUCCCCAUCUACUACCGUAUCGCAAAGGACCCCCGCAAGUUCGCCGAUGCCCCCGACAUGUACAUCAACAGCACCAAUGGCGGUGUCUUCCCCAUUAACAGCCCUAAUGUUGUCUGGUCUCCCGUCGGUGGUUGCAACGGUACUAUUGUCGUGUCAAGCAACAGUGCCCCUCUCUUCAUCAACCGCCGCGGCGGCGACCCGAGCGCUUGGGUCGCAUACGAUUCUCCUGAGGCCGGUGCAUACACCCGUAACCUGCGUAUCAUGGAAGAGGAUCCUGACUACCUUCUCAUUAUGGGUGCCGGCGUCCUGCCUCCCAGCACCACUAACAAGGUUACCGUCAGCAUGCUUAAGCUUACCGAGCUGUUGGGUCUCAAGCAGGCAUGA